GCGGUCGGUCUAAUCGCAGUAACAUCCCUACACAACAAAUUAACGUUAGAAUCGGAGCGAUCUGUGAAUUACAAGUGUAAAUAAUCUCGAGGACGCCCAACCACCACCGUGGGCCGGGCUUGUGUAGAAAAAAAAAAAAAGAAACUCGUUAAAAUAGCGGCUUAAAAAGAAAAGCGCUGAAACGGGAAGGCUCGGGUGGUAUCGGUUUUUCACGACGCGGGCGUUUCGCUGGGCGGGGCCCGAGCGUCAGUACCGCGCCGCCGGUCGGCCAGGACGAACGUGUCGGCGGUUUAUUGUCCGUUAACCGGCCCCGUGCACAUGUUGAGUGAUUUUUCGGCAUGUUGAUUUAGACGUGAUUGACAAGAUGGACUUUCAGAGUGCAAUGGAGACGUUUGCGGAAGCGUGGGCAGCCGCCAAUACAGUCAAGUCGGAGGUGCCGAGCGAUCUUUCACAGUCGUUAUCAGCCGAUCUUCGUCGAAGCAAAACCCCGCCUCGAAGAUCACCGGACGAUCGCAUAGUGCCACGACCACCUUCGGCACCGGUACAUCAUGAUCGUAAUCCUCACACACCACAUCUAUCACCUAAGAAAGAAGCAUUCAAUAACUUGCUGAAUAAGGGUAUUUCUGGUAAAACUUUGCCGGUCCAUUGUGUGGUGGAAGCCGUGUCUUCGUUGGAGGAGAGUAAUUGGAGACGACGUGCCAUCGUUGAAACAGACAGUUACGUCAUAAUUCCUGCCGCCACGGCGUUCCAUGAGCUGGUGCCGGCGGCCAUGAUGAGGCUUGGAUAUCCUCAUGAGCUAGCUGCUUCUGCUAAAGGCUCAGUGGUGAUAAACAAUUGGAAGCCGCUUCCAUUCGAGAGGAUCUCGGACGGGCCGCUCGCUACUGUGGGUGAAGUGCUCGGGGAACUGACGACCGUCGCCACAUUGAGGAUCCAGCUGCUGAGACCGAGGCCUACUCCCCUCCAAGACAUAAAGGACAAGCUGCUCAGGCUUUUAUUGGUCCAGAGCAGACCGUUGCUUAUGUCAACCGGAUGCCCUCUAGAUGAGAUUACUCUAGCUCAGAUAUGCCGUGGUCAAGAUAGGACACCGGGGCCUCACAACUUUCACGAACCAUCAGAAGAUAUGAGAAGGAAAUUUGAGUCUUGGUGGACCGCACAGGUAUCCCCACGGCCCCCGCCGUUCAGUCCUCGUCGUUAUCCCUCUCCAGGACCGAAAAAUCGAUCGCCAACAUUGAACAGCAUUCCAGAUCACUUACAUCCCGCAUUGCAAACCGUGCAAAGUCAAUAUCCAACUCAAAAAACACGUAUGAGAACCAGUUUCGAUCCCGAAUUGGAAUUACCGAAACUGCAACGCUGGUUCGCCGAAAACCAACAUCCGAGCAGACAACAAAUACAGCAAUACGUGCGAGAACUGAAUAAUUUGGAAUCGAGACGUGGUCGUAAGCCUCUGGAUGUAAACAAUGUCGUCUAUUGGUUCAAGAAUGCUCGUGCGGCUCAGAAGCGAGCAGAACUCCGGAAUAUAGGAGGCCUUAGCUGUCAUCUUGGAGUUAAUGGAUUUAACAGCCGAAGUCAUAGCCCAAGCAAUGGUUCUCUGAUGGUGAGCAACGAUCAUUACGGACCUCAAGAUCAAAAUUCUAUGAAAAGUCCAAUGCAGUUGUCAGAAAGCCCUGGUAGAUACCCCAUGUCGGUUUUGUCAGAGGACAAUCUUUCUAAUGGUGGUUCAGAUCUAGAUGAAGAUGUCGGAGAUAUGAACCAAGAUGAUCGUCCUGAGAGUCCCGAUGCUCCUUUAUCUCUUAUAACAACCAAGAAGAACAACAACAAUUCAGACGAGCUGCACCAAGAAUCUCCAAAACCACCAGAUAUAAUUAAGGUACAUGAUAUCAAGCAAGAGCCAAAGGAUUUGAGUAAAACCGAACAAAUAAUUUCCCCUCAACGAUCUCCAGCUAAAAACAGUGACAGUUCCCAUAACAACAACAGUAACAACAACAACAACGAGGAGGAGAACGGGGUCAUUGAAGACCACGAGUCUGACGAGGAGUCUCCCCAGGAACGACUUUACCGACCAUCGUCGUCUCCGCAGCUCGACAGAUUACCGUUCCCGGUAAUGCCCAACCACCCGAUGUUCGGUCACGGGAUCAUGUACAUGAGUCAGUACAUGAGCGGGUUCCCUGGAGUGGGCCCGGUUCCAGGAGAGGGCGCCAGCGGCUUGAACCUGGCCCUCGCCGGGGCUUCGGACGAGCGUCGCAAAAGGAACCGCACUUUCAUAGAUCCAGUUUCCGAAGUGCCGGUCCUCGAGCAAUGGUUUUCGAUGAACACCCAUCCGUCGCACAACUUAAUACUCAAAUACACAGAGGAACUGAACAGGAUGCCGUACCGGCAGAAGUUUCCGCGUCUCGAGUCAAAGAACGUUCAGUUUUGGUUCAAGAACCGACGCGCCAAGUGCAAGAGGCUUAAGAUGUCUCUGUAUGAGCCGUCAUCGCCGGGACAUUACUCGCAUCCGGGCCAUCCUCACGCACUCGCCGAACGGAAAAUGGUCUAAACGAACAACGAAGAUGUAAAUCCAGAGCUCAAAAGGAGUCGACUCUAAGUGUUUGUGGCGUUCUGCAUGUUAACAUUAAAGACUGAAAUCGAAUCGUAUAAUGGUGUAGCAGUGCCAUCUUAGUAUUAAAUUAAUAUCAUUACCAACCGUCACAACGGCUCUUUUUCAUGGACUUAAUCGAUUAUUGUCGUAUUCGAUAGUUUUGCUUAAAGUAGAAUUAUUAAUAUAAUUCAAAACAUUUAUAAUGUUUAAUGCAAUUAAAUUAAAAUAAGUCUUCAUAAUAUAGAACACAUCACAACUCACUACGUACGUAGAAGUACAAACAGCUGCUAUCAAAGGACAUGUCAUGAUUAUUUGUGAAUGAAUCUCAUACAUCAAAUGGUAUUUGAUUGUGUAAAUAAGUAAGUACGGCUUUAUUUAUUAUGCACAGUACAUGUAGAGGUUAGUUAGUUAUUACAAAACUCUCAUUGAAAAUUUCACUGAAAUCAUACUAUUAGUUUUAAUGAUAAAACUUUUACAUCAUAUAUUUAAUGUAUAAUAGUAAUUGUACUAUAAUUAUUAAUAUAAUCAAUUAAAUUAGACACUGCAAGACAUUGCAUAUUAGUAUAUUUAAUAACUUUUGACUCGUAUGUAGGUAAUUAAUAGAUACGUCGAAAUACGCGGCCGUCAUAGACUACGCACAUUCCAUAUUGUAUUUGUAGUAUCAUUAUUUUUUUUCAUAGAUUAUAAAUGCUUCCUCAAUCCAAAGAUUGAAUUGUUAUAACAUUGUAUUUGAUUAUAUCAUUAUGUAUUUUUGAUUUGACAAUAUCGUUGUUGUCAGUUCAAAGUAUCCUAUGAGACAACGUUUAAGUAUAAGUUUAAAAAAAUUAAUGCAAAUAUGAUAUUUUGCUAGGACAUAGGAAUUUUGAAUUAUCUACUACGAUAUAAGGUUCACAUUUGUUGUAAUAAUAAAACAUAUUUAGUUUUCAUUUAUUACUAAUAUUAUUACUUUUUUAUGUACUGCAGAUUUAUAUUCCAUUUAAACAAAUCGAAUAAUAUUUAAAAUACGUGACUCCGCUAUAAACUCACUCUAUAUUUCUUUUUUUUUUGUAUGUUUUUGUAUGAUAUAUGAAAAUUUUACAUUGAAUUUGGGGCAAUAAUUAUAUUUAUGCUUUUUUUACUUGAAAUUCAAGGUUCUUCGUUCGUUCUACGUGAAAUAAUUUCAUUAUUCUUUUGGCUUCUUCAGCUCAAUGUAGUUAUACUCCGACGAUGCUCUAAUUAUUUUUUAUUCUUACGAAAACUUCUUAUCUUACUCGAGUACUCUCAGUUUCACGUAGAGAGGUCCACAUAGCGCUCCUGAAAAAAAUAUCAGGUUAAAAUUGAGAAUCAAUUAAACCAUUUUAGAUACUUCUUCAUUUGAAAUAAAUCCAAAACAUCUAACUACUUAUGAAUGUGAAGUUGUUUUGGUGUUAAGUAGUUAGGGAGUCCAUAGACACCACAUGAAUGCCAAGGUGAGUGACCUUGCGACAUGGGGUUCGAUAGUAAACGACCGUCUCACCAUUCAUACCGGAACGCAUGACUAUGUCGUAGCAGAAAUAGACAGUCUAUACUUAAAGUUGUUUUUUGUUGCAUGGGAUUCAGACAACGUGUCCACACAAUAAUCUAAAGAGAAUAAUAUCUUCCGAUUACAAUUAAAUAUUUUUUUAUCAAAUCUAAUAAUGGAGUACAUUGGUACAUUCCUACAUUUUAAACAAAUGGGUUCCCUCUACACUAAUCUAUAUCGGAACAUUAUUGGAUUUAAUUUAUUUUUUUAAUCCGUGACAGAUGUAUUAAUGUAUUACUAAUCAUUUUUAACGUUGGUUAAAGAAUGUUAAAAAAAGGUAUUCUUUCCUAAAUCCCUUAAAGUGAAUAAAAAAAUAAAUGAACCAUAUUGAAUUACGAAUUACAAUUUGACAUUCAAGUUCGAUAACGAUUUUUUUCAUAAAAGCAAGAAUUAUGUUGCCCUCUAAAUUAAUAUUUAUUUCUAUUUGUGAGAUGCUGAUUAUUUCGACUGCUAAAUAAUGAUAAUGGUUUUUUAAAUGGACUUAAAAAAAAAGAUCGUUUUGAUACGCUGAAGUAACUGUCCCAAUUUUUAAUCUUACUGAAUUAAAAACACAGUUAUAGCCCACUCUACUUUCGCUCGUAGGCUUUCGAUAAUUAUGUUUUAGCUACACACUAAGUCUACUAAAACUUUCUCGAAAUCAUAUUUUUUACCAGGCUUUCACUCCACCGUUUAAAAAUGUGAUCGUAAUUUUAAAAACAGUUAAAAACGUUUAAGCGUAUUUUAAAUAUUAUUUGUUAAACAAAAGCAUCUUACACCGACAUUACCGUGGUAUACUAAAGUAAUUAAGGCAAUAAAACAUCAGUAUUUAUUCAAGCAUUUAUCGAUUGAGGCUGUAUCGUCCUUAUACUUUAUAUAGAUUGUUUUGUAGUUUUAAACAUCACUAGUUGUAACAAGUUUAUGUUGUAUCAAAGUUAUGCUUAUUUGGCGUGUAGCUGUGAUGAAAUUUCCAAAUAUUGUAAAUAAUUUAUCGAUGUUUUAUUAAAGUUUAGGUUUUUUUUAUAUAUAUAUAUAUUUAAAAGAAAAUAAUAUUAUCUGCAUCACUGAGCUCACUCGAACGUAAGCAUUAGUUGCUUAGAUAAUGAAGAUAUUGGCUAAAUGUUUAUUCCAUUCAAUUAUACGAACGAAACUUUAAUUGAAUAUAAUGAUACUAAAGAAGA